CGGUUCCUUAAAAUGUAAUAUAAUCACAAAUGAAUAUAUAUUGUUUUAUAGGAUGUCAGUAGUAAUUUUAAGGAACUAGGAGUGAACUAGGAUGUAGAAAGUAAGUUCAAGCUGGACUUAGUAAAAUGAUACCACCCUAGUUCACCUUGAAUCAAAAAAAAAAUUCCACAAGGCUGCCCAUUAAGGCUAUUAAAACUCAAGGGUUAUAAAAGCCCUAAAAAUCUUCCGAACCUUUCAUUUAGCAAAUUAAAACUAAGCUGCUGGAAAUGGAGUCUACAAAUCGCCUGAGUGCCAUCCAAACACUUUUAGUAAUCCAACGUUGGAUAGGACAUCUUAAAUGGGAGAACGAGGAGGAUGAUGGAGUAUUAAACUGGCUAAAACGAAUAUAUCCUUUUGUGCUGCACCUUCCACUGACCUUCACGUAUAUUGCUCUCAUGUGGUAUGAAGCUAUUACCUCGUCGGAUUUUGAGGAAGCUGGUCAAGUUCUGUACAUGUCCAUCACCGAACUGGCAUUGGUCACUAAACUCCUGAAUAUUUGGUAUCGUCGCCAUGAAGCUGCUAAUCUAAUCCACGAAUUGCAACACGAUCCCGCAUUUAAUCUGCGCAAUUCGGAGGAAAUCAAAUUCUGGCAGCAGAAUCAGAGGGACUUCAAGAGAAUAUUUUACUGGUACAUCGGAGGCAGCCUUUUCGUGGCUGCGAUGGGUUAUAUAAGCGUGUUUUUCCAGGAGGAUUACGAGCUGCCCUUCGGCUACUACGUGCCAUUCGAGUGGCGCACCAGGGAGCGAUACUUCUACGCCUGGGGCUAUAAUGUGGUGGCCAUGACCCUGUGCUGUCUAUCGAACAUCCUGCUGGACACAUUAGGCUGCUAUUUCAUGUUCCACAUCGCCUCACUUUUCAGACUGCUGGGAAUGCGACUGGAGGCCUUGAAAAAUGCAGCCGAGGAGAAAGCCAGACCGGAGUUGCGCCGCAUUUUCCAACUGCACUCAAAAGUCCGCCGAUUGACGAGGGAAUGCGAAGUGUUAGUUUCGCCCUAUGUCCUAUCCCAAGUGGUCUUCAGUGCCUUCAUCAUCUGCUUCAGUGCCUAUCGACUGGUGCACAUGGGCUUCAAGCAGCGACCUGGACUCUUCGUGACCACCGUGCAAUUCGUGGCCGUCAUGAUCGUCCAGAUUUUCCUGCCCUGCUACUACGGCAAUGAGUUGACCUUUCACGCCAAUGCACUCACUAAUAGUGUCUUCGGUACCAAUUGGCUGGAGUACUCCGUGGGCACUCGCAAGCUGCUCAACUGCUACAUGGAGUUCCUCAAGCGACCGGUUAAAGUGCGAGCCGGAGUGUUCUUUGAAAUAGGACUGCCCAUCUUCGUGAAGACCAUCAACAAUGCCUACAGUUUCUUCGCCCUGCUGCUAAAGAUAUCCAAGUAGAGUGAAACAGGAGCAGGGAUCCGCCGACUGCUGCGGCGCCACAAUGGAAACGCACCCACGGGUCGGAUACGUAACACUGUAACUCAUACGCCCCGUUGUUGUGAACAUGAAGAAUAAACGCCUGCAGCCAACAAGGCAUUUCGCCAGCUAUUAAACUAAGUGUCGCAGCCAAAAAGGGAACAAGAAAUCGGGCUAGCCUGCGACUAGACGUCG